CAUAGCUGAGAGAAGGAAGCUUAAGCAUGACAAGAGUAUUCAGAGUUCUUGUUGGAGAAGGCAGCAGAAGCAGCAGCAUAAUAGCUUAGAGUUUCUUAGGAAAGGAAUCGUACUUGGAAAACAUAAUAGAAGAUGAGUUUUGUGUAGAGCAGUGAAGAAAAAAACAAUAGAAGGGAGACAACUUUCUUCAUUACAAACCUGAAAGGCAAAACCACUUGUUCAGGCUUUACUUUUGGGUUCAGUCCCAUGAAACAGUAGAAAAGAGUCGCAUAAAAGACAAAGGACGUUGCAGAGAUGUCACCGUCACAUUAGUUAUAUAAAUAUUGCACCUCUUAAGCAUCUGAUCACCCUUUCACCUUUUUCCUUACCUAUGCACCUUUUCCCCCCUCAGUUUGCACCUUCUCUUGCUUGCUAAUUUCAACUAUCCCAUGUCUCCUUUCUCAAGUUUGCUUAUAUUCUUCCUUCUCUCUUUGAUCCAAGAAAGCUAUGAUUCUUCAACAUUUUCUCAUUUUUAAAAUAUAAAAAGAUGUAAUCAAAUUCCUCUUCACAGGAACAGACAAGGUGCUGGCCUAGUUUAAUAAGUCUUAGCACGUAAACAUUUCCCCAGAACAAGAAGGAAACACCCGCAAUCUAAAGCACAACCCAACCUGCAGUAAUGGGUACUAGAAGCUGCCACUUCGUGUUAUUCUCCUUGUGUCUUUUCUAUGGUUCAGGUUUAGGAACAGCAAAUAUAUUAACGAAUAACAAAAACCAGGAAAUAUUCUCAUCAUCGGAAUUGGGCACUCAAUUGGAUGAUGUUCCUAUCGUCAAUCCCACAAAUCCAGACACAGGAAAUCCGUAUAUGGGAAACCCUACAAAUCCUCAACCACCUGACAUGUCAGGACAAAACCCCACAACCCCAAACACAAAUCCAACCACUCCAAACACAAACCCAACCACACCAACCACAACCCCCACAACACCAACCACGACUACUCCUACAUCAUCAGGUGGCCAAUGGUGUGUCGCUAACCAAGGAGCUUCAGACACUGCUCUACAGGUUGCUCUUGACUAUGCUUGUGGAUAUGGAGGUGCAGACUGCUCAGCAAUACAACCAGGAGCAAGCUGUUAUAACCCCAACACUGUCCGUGAUCAUGCUUCCUAUGCAUUCAACGACUACUACCAGAAGAAUCCAGUACCUACUAGUUGUGUAUUCGGAGGGACGGCAUCGCUUACAAGCAAUGAUCCAAGUAAUGGGAAUUGCAAAUUCGGGUCACCCAAGGCAACAAGCAUUAGUCCACCACCACCAAUAUUUGUCAGUCCACCAAGUCCACCAACUCCAAUGCCUCCUACUCAACCAGGCUUGACAGUUCCUGGUGGUGACGGAACAACUGUCUUUGGUUCAGAACCAACAGGAAGCCCCAACACUGCCACAUCUGCCUUUUAUUCCCUGCCGCUGUUGCUCACAUGUGGCUUGUUGGCUUCCCUUCAAAUAGCAAAUUAAAUCUAGAUGAUGAACAAGUUCCUGUCAUUCUUUACGUGACGUGUUGGAAUUCAAUCAGUCUUCCAGCAGUUUUUGCAAAAUUUCAAGGAGUCAGAGUCCACAAGUCUUGCAAUUAAAAUUACCUCUACCUUUCAUCUAUGUAUGGCUGUUAGUUGAUCAAGCCAAAAGGAUUUAUAGGUAGUAGACAGUUUUUCUACAGUAUUAGCUACUCUUCCAUAGAAAAUCCUUGUAAUUAAUAUCAGCCAGCAUGCCAUUUUAUUUACUAAACAGAAUAAAAUACAUUAAAGAACUUGAAAUCA